AUGCCUGCAAUUCCAUUUUCAUGCUCGUCCCUCAUUUUACAACCUCGCUUCAAUUACCACAUUACCCCUAUCUUCCGUUCCCUUUCACUCCAACUCUCUUCUUCUCCGUUCCCUUUCAAUGCCAACUCCUCCAGCGUCAGACUCCACUGUGCUCUCUCCCAAGCCGCCGAGACAGAAUCUCCGAGCGGCGGUCGGUCAGGUGCUUUAUCUCCCGGUCCUCCGGUCGCCGGGAAAGUUCAGAAAAUCGACGUGAAUCCCCCCAAGGGUACGCGUGAUUUCCCGCCUGAAGACAUGCGAUUGCGCAACUGGCUCUUUAAUAAUUUCAAAGAGGUGUCAAGGCUGUAUGGAUUUGAGGAGAUUGAUUUUCCGGUUCUUGAGUCGGAGGCAUUGUUCACUAGGAAAGCAGGGGAGGAGAUUAAGGACCAGCUUUACUGUUUUGAAGACCGAGGAAAUCGCCGAGUUGCAUUGAGGCCUGAACUUACUCCUUCUUUGGCAAGGCUGGUGAUACAGAAAGGGAAGUCCGUAUCACUACCAUUGAAGUGGUUCACCGUUGGACAAUGUUGGCGGUAUGAGAGAAUGACAAGGGGGCGUCGCCGUGAGCACUACCAGUGGAAUAUGGAUAUAAUUGGUGUUCCUGGGGUUAUGGCUGAAGCAGAGCUUAUAUCUUCCAUUGUUAGUUUCUUCAAACGAAUAGGAAUUACAGAAUCAGAUGUUGGAUUUAAGGUUUCUAGUCGAAAGGUUCUACAAGAAGUAUUGAAGUGUUAUUCAAUACCUGAAAAUAUGUUUGGCAAAGUCUGCAUCAUUAUUGAUAAAAUUGAGAAAAUUCCAGUUGAUGAGAUAAAGAAAGAGUUGAAUGCUGUUGGUCUAUCACAGGAGGCUGUCCAGGAUCUAUUGCAAGUCCUUUCUGUAAAGUCAUUGACCGAGUUAGAAGAGAGGUUAGGAGGCAGCGGGGAAGCAAUCGCUGAUCUCAAACAGCUAUUCUCACUAGCUGAAAAGUUUGGUUACUCCAAAUGGCUUCAAUUUGAUGCAUCAGUUGUUCGUGGCCUUGCUUAUUACACUGGUGUUGUAUUUGAGGGUUUUGACCGAGAAGGAAAGCUACGAGCUAUAUGUGGUGGUGGCCGAUAUGAUCAUUUGUUUUCAACUUUUGGUGCUGAAGACAUUCCGGCUUGUGGUUUUGGAUUUGGUGAUGCAGUCAUAGUUGAAUUGCUCAGAGACAAGGGUCUUCUACCAGAGCUCGGCUUGCAAAUAGAUAACCUUGUUUGUGCCUUGGAUGAAGAACUUCAAGGAUAUGCUGCCACUGCUGCUAACAUGCUUAGAGAAAAAGGACAGAGUGUUGACUUGGUUUUGGAAAGCAAACCACUUAAAUGGGUGUUCAAACGUGCGGCCAGAACAAAUGCUGAGCGUCUGAUAUUGGUAGGAAAUUCUGAGUGGCAAAGGGGUAUGGUUGUUGUCAAAAUUCUCUCCACUGGUGAACAGUACGAGGUUAAAUUGGAUGAUCUAAAUUAA